CGCUUCUGCUGCCGGGCGCACAGGAGACAGAAGAAAACAGCCUCCCAUGCUGUGACAGAGCUGGAGAACACCAAGGAUUGCAGCCAGGCUGGGAAGCCUCUCCUGUGCCCCUCCCAUCCCACAGAGGAGCUCCAGCUGUUCUGCGAGCAGUGUGACCAUCCCGUGUGCCGGGAUUGUGUUCUGGGCAGACACCGUCAGCACCCCUGUGACUUCAGCAGCAAUGUCAUCCACAGGCACGGGGACGCCCUGCGGGAGCUGCUGAAGGGCAGCCAGCAGCACAUGGACACCCUGGAGGAUGUGCUGAGCCAGGUCGAUGAGAUGGGCAGCGCCGUCCGCAGCCGCGCAGAGGCUGUGGCCGCAGAGAUCUGCCUGUUUGCCAAGGGCUACGUGAAAGCAAUUGAAGAGCACCGGGACCGGCUGCUGAAGCAACUGGAGGAUUUGAAGGUGCAGAAGGAAAACCUGCUGCACUUGCAGAAGGCCCAGCUGCAGCAGCUGCUGCUGGACAUGAGGACAGGCGUGGAGUUCACAGAGCACUUGCUGAUGAGUGGCUCAGAUGUGGAGAUCCUCGUCAGCAAAGGGGUGGUGUCCAGCCGUCUGACAAAGCUCAACAGCAUUGCUUACAGCACCCAUCCCAGUGUGGAUGACAGGAUCCAGUUCUCCCCUCAUGAGAGGGCAGGGCAGUGUUGUGGCUAUGAAGUUUUUGGGGCCAUUCUCAACAAAGUGGUUGAUCCAGCCAGAUGUACCCUGCAUGGGGAAGAUUUCCACAGCGCCCGUCAGAACCAGCUGAGUGGCUUUACCCUGCUGUGCAGGGACACUACAGGGGAGCGUAUGGGACGGGGAGGAGAGGCUGUGCGGGUCACCAUCACCCACAAGGACAAGAGGGACUGCACAGUCAAGCCAACAGUGUGUGAUAACGGUGAUGGGACCUACUAUAUUUCCUACAGCCCUGAGGAGCCAGGCUUGUAUGCUGUCUGCAUCUGUGUGAAAGGGCAACAUGUGCAGGGCUCCCCCUUCACUCUGAUGGUGAAGCACAAGUUCCGUGAGCACCAGGGGGUGUUUCACUGCUGCACAUUCUGCUCCAGCGGGGGCCAGAAAGCCGCUCGCUGUGCCUGUGGUGGGACCAUGCCAGGUGGGUACCAAGGCUGUGGCCACGGACACAAAGGUCACCCUGGCUGCCACCACUGGUCGUGCUGUGGACAAGUGAAGGAGAGCUCAGAGUGUUUGUGUAGGCCACCCAGUGACACCUCACAGAGGAGUUUGCUCAGGACAGUUGCACUCUGAGCUGCCAGGUGAGCUCCUGGGAGUCCAGGGCACUGCUGCUGCCUGCUCCAGGAGCAGAAUGAUCCAUGAGGAUCCAUAUGAUUGAUUUCUGCAUAGCUUUGCUGCCAGCAAACAGCAUGAUGGGUGUGAGUUGAGACGGGGGGGAUGAGGGAAAAUAAAACAGUGCCUUAUGUUCCACCCAAGGGCGUGUAUGCAAAGUUAUUUUGUGCUCAAACAAGAGCAAGUUCUGGGAAUUGUACUGUUGCCUACACUUCUGAGGACUUUUAGUCCAUGGGGACAUGCUCUAAGGGGAAAUUCAGUCUGAGCAGUUACCUCACAGGAGGGUCAAGAUGUGUCCUGUUCUGCAGGGUCAACAGCCUCUGCUGUCCUUCUUGAUGAGACUGAAGCUGCUCAUUGGGACACAUUCCAAAGGGCUUGUGGUCAUGCCUUGGAAAGGCUUGGCAACCUGAAUAAGGCUUCUGCCUUCCUGUUGGAUAUACAUCUGGAUUCCAGCCUUGGAUGUGUGCACAUAGCAGAGUCAGGCUUCUGGGAGAUGCUCUUUGCUUGCACCUCCUACACUUCCUCCAGGUAAACUGUAGUCUCAUUAUACCCUGCCUGCAGAGUAGGGGCAAGGUGAAUUAGUAAUUUAUCUGCAGGAAGGCCCAGAAAACUUCGUGGCACUGAUAGGAACAGGAGUUGGAGUAUCAUUUACUGGUCUGUAUGUUUUCCAUGGAAAUGAUGUGGGAUACAGUGCUGCUGGGCGUGAUGGGGCAGCCAGGAGAGUGCCCUGCUUGCCAAAGGAAGAUCUGGGGCAGUUUGAGCAUCACUAGGAGUCACAGACACAAGUUUGCAAUUGUCUGUCCAGAACUAGAGCACAGGAGAUGGAACACAGCAAAACUGGAUUUGGCUUGUGCAACCUUGGCAAGGCACUUUCCAACCCAUGGCUGGGGAAAUGGCAUCUGUGAUGAGGAAGAAGAGGCACUUCCUUCAAAGAGCAAUUGCCACCCUGCUGGCUGCUGCCAGCUGCUUGCCUGGGUGAAGCAGACACCCUGAAUACCUUCCUUUACAAAACAUUUUUGUCCUUGAGGCUGGAAACACCACUGCCCUGAGGGUAAACUUGUCAGUAGGUGUGUGUGGCUGGGAGCUCCAAAUUCUGCCUGUGGAGCUGGGCACAAAGGUCCCACUGUUGGUUACUCAAGAAGAGGAAUGUCACUUGCACUGUCAACAACAAGGACUGGGUCUUGCUUUCUGCAUUAUGACAGCUGGCUUGUAAAUAGUGGAAACCUGCACUGUUUGCUCAGCCUUAGAAGUCUCUCAUUUGUUGUUUGUUCCUCUUACAAAGCCAGUUUUGGAACUUCUUCCCAGAUAUCCUUAUGCAAAUGCUGUUUAUAGCUUUCCAUUAAGCAUCCAUUAAUUAUCCCUGUCAUGAGGGAAGGCUAGGCAGUUUAAAUCUCCAAGUUGCUGAGUCUGAAAUUUCAAAGUGAAAGUUCAGUUUAAGUUAACCUUUAAUGGAACAAACAGUAACUCAUUCUCAUCCUUGCUACGUAUAGAGUGAACACUCAGUGCAGAAUGUGAUGUAAAC